GCAUCCUCCUCGCAGGCUCAAGCCCGCUCUCUCAUCUCCUCCUCCUCCUCCUCCUCCUCCAGCAGCAGCGGCGCCUCUUCUCAAGACCAGUCCUGGCCCACCUCGGCUGGUCCUUCGCAUACGCUGCGCUUCAGCCUACCUAGUCGCAUUCCCCUCUCCCAUCUGCUCAGCGCCCACCUUCGUCUCACAUUUCAAGGGGGCUACGCUGCCAGAGAGGUCGAGUUGAGCUGCGUUCCUGCCGACGAGGAGGGCGCUCAGGCACACGCUCCCGCUGCCCAAGAGGAAGAGGAAGAGGAGGAGGAGGAGGAGGAGGAAGAGGAUGACUUUCACGAAGACGGUCAGAGCUGGUCAGCGCCUCACCUCGCAAGCCAUGCAGAGGCGUCUGCAUCCCAAGCAGCCCAAAGCAACGCCCCAGUCAACGCAAGCAACGCCCUCAUCGUCUUCACCGUCAGACCGCAAGAUCGCAACAGCCUUCAGUCAUGGCAACUCUCCAAGCUCCCUUCCGACGCGCCUCCCAAUGCCACGACACGAACGCUGAUCUUUGCCUUCAAGGGCAGCGCCGAUGCCUGGGGUCGGGUCACCUUGUACGGCAUAGAGCUCUGCUCUGCCCAAUCUCAAUGA